UGCCACUGGACAGAAAGGGGAAGUCAACUGACAUUACACAGCCGAAUAUACAAAUGCCAUUUGCAAAAGCUUUCUGGGAGAAGGUAUCCUUUCUCAUAGCUAAAAGGAGGACUGUGACGCCAGGAGUCCCCGAGGAAGCUUUCAUCUCAGCAAGAAUGGAUACCCGGAGUCCUUCCUCGGGAAGUUAUACAUGGAGGAUCAACUACUUCUCCCUGAUGACUCAGAAGAAGUACUACUCCGAUGUGUUCACUGUUGGAGGUUGUAGAUGGAGGAUACUAAUUUUUCCCAAAGGAAAUAAUUCGGACUAUUUCGCCAUUUACUUGGAUGUCCCUGACUCUGCAACUCUGCCAUCAGGGUGGGCUAGAGAGGUCUUCAUGACCUUCACUAUGGUCAAUCAGCAUGACCAAAGCCGUUCGACAAAGAAAGAUACUCGCCAUCGGUUCAAUGCGCGGGAGGUUGACUGGGGCUUUGCAUUGUACAAGCCUCUCACUGAGCUUCGUGACAGGACCAAAGGUUUUCUCAUUAAUGACGCUGUAAUUGUGAAAGCUGAAGUUGAGGUGCAAGCUGUCGUCCCUCCAAUUCCUGUCCCCCCAGUUGCCGUUCCUCCAACUGCCGUCCCUCCAACUGACUUCCCUGAGGCUGGAAGUAGCCCUCCUAACGUGGUACCACCGGCUGUCACUGCUCGCUUGAUCACAGAUGCAAACCGCUUUGACUCUUUCUUUAGUGAGCUGGAGGAACUUAUUGUUAGUGCUGAGACCUCUGCCAACAAAGAAGGACCGGGCUCAAGCAGGAGUAAUGAUCAAAUGUUUGAUUUGAUUUCCGGGUCUCCGAAUUUGGAAGAGGUGGAGGAGGCUAAGCAGUCCCUGAAGGAAUGCCUUUCCGACCUCUUCAAGUUGAACAUGAAAGAUAAGCUUGCCGCAGCAUUGCAGACUCUGACCCGUGCCGAGGUCGGAUUAACAUCGGAUCAGCAGAAAGUGGUCAAAGGCUUCUGGGACAAUUUUAAUGAGUUUAUCUCCGAUUUCUUAAGCUUUGAGCAGGAGAACUCUGAGUUUGAGCUGCAGAAGUUGGCAAGAGACCAAAUGUUCUCCGCCAUUAAGAGGAACCGCGAGAUCCACCUUUCGAACAAGCAGCUGCUGGAGAGCCUCAACAAGGAGGAGGACGGGCUCAAGAGGAGAAUGGAGGAACUAAAGUCAAUGAGGCAGAAGCUCAUGUCCGACUGGGAGCGCCUGAUGACCAUGUCCGAGGAAACAAAGUCCAAGUACACGGCUCAGGAGAAGAAGUUAGCAGAGGCCGAGGAAAAAAAGAGGAUCGCUGAGGAAACGAUGUCUCGGUCUGCUGCAGCAUGGUCUUCACUUAAAGCACAAUUCCUUUGAAAAACUUGAACUGGCUCUACCAAAAGUUCUCUGUAACCUAUAUAAAUGAAUAAAGGAUGUGCCGUCCAUUGCUGCUUUC